AUGGCUGCUUCCUCCGCACAAGACCUCGUAGAACGCUAUCUAGCUGCCUACAAGGCUUUGGAUUUACCCGCCAUGGAGGCUUGCAUGGACCCUUCGUUCACCUUUAGUGACCCAGCGUUCCCAUCCCUCGACGCUGCUCAUGCAAAGGGAAUGUUUGCAAUGUUCGUCACCAACAAGGAUACGAACAAGAUGCAGGUCGAAUACAAGGACGUCAAAAAAGGAGCAAAUGACUUGACUUACACUGCGACCUAUACCGUCCAAUAUCUCUUCGCCGGUCGACCAGUGCUCAACACCAUCAAGACGACUCUCACAAUCUCCCCAACCACAAAUCUCUUGGCCUCGCAGGUAGACGAAUUUCCAUUCUGGGCCUGGAGUCGACAGGCCCUCGGACUUCCUGGUCUCUUCCUUGGAUGGAGCGGCUACCUCCAAAACCAAGUUCAAACCAACGCAGGUGCAAAGCUCGAAAAGUUUUUGGCAAAGUCGCAGCAGUCCCAGUCAUAG